AUGGCGGAGGAACAGACGCAACAAUCACUGGAUACGGAAGCACCACCACCACCCUCUCCAACUCUUUCCGAAGAGUUUGGCGGCGAUUUUAUCAUCUAUAACCGGCCACCUAUCAAGGAAGUCUGCCUCGCUUUCCUCCUGCUUGCGCUUGGAGCAUUAGGGAUCAUUGUGGGAUCGUGGAUGACGUACCACAAAGUGUGGGGAGACCGCUCCCACGGAAUUUCCUUCAUUAUACUGGGCGUUCUCCUCUUUAUACCAGGUUUUCAUGAAAGCCGCAUUGCAUACUUCGCAUUUAUUGGUUACAAAGACUUCUCGUUCUCUAAUAUUCCAGCAUUUUCUCCUCCUGAAGGGGACACGGCCGGUGCGGCGUUUCUUUUAGAAGAUGUGACUCUAUCGGCGGGAGAUCGCGACCUGCUCUCGUUAGUGUCAUGGCGGGUAAUGCCGGGGGAGCGAGUCGGCCUGGUGGGGUCAAACGGGUGUGGCAAGUCAACGCUUCUGCGCGCGUUGAUUGGUCGACAGCUGGUGGACGGCGGAAGGGUGAUUGUAUCGCGCGGAUCGCGGAUCGACUACCUGGAACAAACUGCGGUGUCAGGGUCACGAAGGAGCGUGUGGGAGGAGGCGAGCUCUCGCAUGGAUGCUCUCAACCAAGCAGAGGCUGACAUGCAUUCAGCUGAGGCUGAGCUGACAGACAGCGAGGAUGAAGCUGAGCUGGCCGGUGGUUCGAGUGACGUGGCGGGGGAGAGGGCGAGGGCGAUGGAGCAGGCUGCAAUCCGAUUUGUCGAGGCGCAGAUGCGCUUCGAUGCGAUUGGAGGGGCGAAAAAGGACGAGAUUGUUUCGAGUGUGCUCAAAGGUCUCGGGUUCGAUUCCUCCAACUGGCACAAACCCUGUGAUUCCUUCUCGGGGGGCUGGCAGAUGCGAAUCGCCCUGGCCAGGCUGCUUCUGGGGCAGGCGUCAGCUGCAGCCGCAGGGCAGGGGGACAGGUCGUUACUGUUACUGGACGAGCCUACAAACCACUUGGAUGCUGCUGCUAGGGCAUGGCUAGCGGAUUACUUAUGUCGGGUACAAGCAGCCCUAGUGGUGGUGAGUCACGACCAGACCCUCCUGGACCGCGUGUGCCAGAAGAUCGUUGAAGUGCGGGGCUCCCAGCUGCACCACUACUCCUGCUCCUUCUCCAAAUUCCUGGUCGAGAGGGAGGAGAGGAGACGGCAGAGGGAGAGGGAGUUGGAAGGGAAGCGGGGCGAGAUGGCAAAGCUGGAAGGGUUUAUCAAUAGGUUUGGGGCUAAAGCCACCAAGGCUGCUGCGGCGAACUCUAAGAAGAAAGCACUGGAGAAGAUUCGAGCGACCAUGCCUGAUGAAGAUGAGGAGGAGGCAGCCUUUGCGAGUGAUGCAGGAGGGGACCGAAGGAAGGUGGCUGUGAGGUUUCCCCCGCCUCCCCCUUGCUCACGCGAAGUCAUCACGCUUAGAUGCGCUGCGGUUGGCUGGGCUGGUGCCACGUCACCCCUGAUUGAACACGUCAGCUUCAGCAUCGAGAUUGGCACGAGAACCUUGAUAGUUGGUCCAAACGGAGCGGGCAAGUCAACGCUACUCAAGGCCAUGGCAGCAGGGGAAGGCGCACAGCUGAUGGGAGGAGAGAGGGAGACGGGCGAGGGGGCGAGCUUGGGCGUGUUCUCUCAGGAUCUGGCUCAGGACUUGCCUCAGGACGUGACAGCAUUGGAUUAUGUGCUCAGUGUCGCACGGGAGCACAACCCCCUGGUAACCAACGAGCAAGGCCGUACCGCCCUGGGAACUCUCGGCCUAUCCGGUCCCGCGGCUCUGCGGCCAAUCGCAGCGCUGUCGGGAGGGGAGAAGGCGCGGGCGGCGUUGGGCGGACUGUUGCUGCGGCCGCACAACGCGCUGCUGUUGGACGAGCCGUCCAACCAUCUGGAUAGGAUGACAAUGAUGGCCUUGGCAACGGGAUUGCAGCAGUUUAAAGGUGCGGUCGUGGUGGUAUCUCACGAUCACGAUUUCUGCGAACUCUUUCAGCCCACGCAGCUCAUUCGCGUCGACGGCUCUGGAAGCUGUGUCUUUGAGCUGCUCCCUCAAGAUGUGACUGGAGGGGAGGGUGACAAAUCCGGGAUGGGGGGGCUGGGAGGAGGGGGAGGAAAGGGAGGGAGGGGAGGUGAGGUGGGGGGAAAUGGAGCAGCAUCGCAGGCGUUUCAACAGAGUGUAGAGGUGAAGAAAGUGAAGAAAAAGCUGCAACAGGUACGCACCAAGAUAAAACAAACACUCGCCACUUUGGAGAAGGGGGAUGCAGCCAUUGCGUCGUAUGAUGGGGCGAUGCUAGAAGCUGGGAGUGAUGUGGAACGAGUGAUGAAAAUUCAAAAGAUGAAGGAUGCUGCAUUGAAAUCGAGCCGGGAAUUUAUCCCGGCCAUGGGCCACAAGGUGCACAAGCCGGGAGACGAGCAUCGUUUCCAUUCGCUGACUCAUCCCCACACCCAUGCGCAAGCCGGCAGUCCCCGCCUCCGACGAACUCGCAUUCCAUCACGCGUGCUUGUGCAAACUAAGGCGGUCCUGUCGCGGCAGGCGAAGCGCCUUGCACGAAAAGCCGACGAGCUUGAACACGUGAUCUCCAAAGUUACAUAUUGUUUAGGCGUUCUUUGCUUCGGCAUCUUCUGUUUUCUCCUCGGAUCCCGGCCGUAUGACGUUCCUCGUUUAUACGCCGCUUUCUUCCUCAUGGCCACACCCCUCCGAUGGAUCUACUACCGCAGCAAGAAAUGGCACUACUUCCUUCUUGACUUCUGUUACUACGCGAACGCGAUUCUGGUGGCGUUUCUCGUCUUCUUCCCCAUGAGUCAGCACCUCUUCCUCGUCUGCUUCGCUUUCUCUGAGGGUCCCUUGGCCUGGGCGCUCAUCGUGUGGCGCUGUAGCCUGGUGUUCAGCUCAGUGGAUAAGAUCGUGAGCGUGCUGAUACACCUGUUACCCGGUACAGUCAUCUUCAUUAUCCGCUGGUGGGACCCAGUGACCUUCCAACACCACUCGGCAGACGACACGGGGCCCUGGCCUGCGUGGCCGCACGUGGCGAGCAUGGGCGAGCUGUGGGUGUGGAUGCUCGCGGUGCCUCUUAUCGCCUACAGCCUGUGGCAGAUCCUCUACUGGUUGGUGGUGGAGGUGCUGAGGAAGCGCCGCCUGGUGAGGGACCCAGAGGUGAUGACGUCAUUCCGGGAACUUUCCAAGAAGGCCUCCCGGGCCAACAACUUCUGGUGGUGGCUGAGUGGCGUGCUGGGGGACUCGCACCGCUUCCUCAUGUAUGCCCUCAUUCAGGGCGUCUUCACGGUGGCAACAGUGGCCCUCACAGUGCCCAUGUUCUGCAGUUACCGCUUCCAUGCGCUCUUCCAAAUCUUCAAAAUCGCUGCCUCCAUCUGGAACGGAGGGAACUUCAUAUUCGAUGUGCUGCCGCGGCAAGUGCAUGCCAAGAGAAUGAAAAAGGCAGCCAAGGCAGCAGAAGGGGGAGGGGCCAGCAGCGGCCAAGAAAAAGACCACCUGCUAGAUUCUCCUAGUUGGGAUGGACAUGCGAGCAGCAGGGAAGAGCGCCGGGCAGAAAAACGGGCAGCUGCGGUUGAGGCGGCAGAUGCAGCAGCGUCAUUGGAUGGGGCGUUUGUUCCGCCCAUCAGUGGGGACUUUCUGUUACCGGGUAACAACUCGUGGAGCCAUGUGGGGGUGAAUGGCAGUCUUGCUGUGUACAGGGCGAGUGUGCGGGGGAAGGGGCAUGGAGGGGAGGAGGAGGGGAGUGAUGAUGAGAUACCUCUGCGAGAGGGCUUGCUUGAUGGCACUGCUCGAGUUGAGGACACGGGCAGAAAAUUCGUCAACGGUCAGGUGCUGUACACGAUGCGUCUGUACGGCAUGCCUGGCGCGCACCAUGCUACUGACGAGGAUGACCUUAGCGAGGACGAAGAAGAUGACCCUGACAGCUCAGCAGAAGCCGGUACCGGCAGUGGUUACCUGGCGCGCACAACCACAGGAUUAUUUGGCAGUGGAGGCUCACCCGGGGGGGGCUUAUUUGGCGGAAGCGCGUUGACUGGCGGAGGGGGGAGCGGAGGAAGCAGCGCGGAUGGCGGUGGCAGUGGCGGAGGAGGCGGAAUGGGAGGGACAGGGGGGAGUCUACAGAGGAUGGAGUCUAGUCUGUGGGGGGGAUGGUGGUCCGAGUUGUGGCUGGAUAGGCAGCCGCAGAAGCUCCACACUGUGAGGCCCGCUGGGGGCGCCAGUGGUAACAGAAGACAAGUGUCGGUAGGUGCUGCGUAUGCUGUUGUUGGUGGGUGGAUAUGCGUGUGA